AGGGAUCCGUGUGGGGUACACCCCCGACGUCCUGACCGACGCCACCGCAGAACUCUCUGUAGCUUUGCUUCUGGCUGCGUGCCGCCGGCUGCCGGGGGGCGGGGACGUCGGACACAAUGGUGGCUGGACAACAUGGAAGCCCUUGUGGAUGUGUGGCUAUGGUCUGUCUGAUAGUACAGUGGGCAUCAUAGGUCUGGGGAGAAUAGGACAGGCGGUUGCCCGCCGCCUAAAGCCAUUUGGGGUCAAGAAGUUUUUGUACACUGGCAGUUGCCCGAAACCAGAGAGUGCUGCAGAGUUUGAAGCCGAGUUCGUCCCACUCACGAGGCUGGCCGAAGAGUCAGACUUCGUUGUGGUGACGUGUGCUCUGACUCCGGCCACGCAGGGAAUGUGCAACAAAGACUUCUUCAGCAGAAUGAAGACAACGUCUGUGUUCGUCAACACAAGCAGGGGUGCUGUGGUGAACCAGGAGGACCUGUAUGACGCGCUGGCCCAUGGCCAGAUCGCAGCGGCGGGCCUGGACGUCACAACACCAGAGCCGCUGCCCACUGACCACCCCCUGCUCUCCCUCAAGAACUGUGUGAUUCUGCCGCACGUCGGGAGUGCCACAUACGCCACGAGGAACACCAUGGCAGUGCUGGCGGCUGACAACCUGCUGGCUGGGCUGCGAGGGGAGCCCAUGCCCCACGAGUUGCUGCUGUGA